AUGGCACAAGUGAGAGCCGACUCCCAAAUGUCUGCGUCCCUACACUACCCCACUGGGGAUGGCACAACAUGGUUAGAGUGGCGCAAGUAUGCUGAUAGACAAGGGAAUUAUGCAGUUGGUAUUUUUGCCGUCGGGGAGGACCGCAACAGCACAACCGGCGCCGCAGCCAUACUAGUGGCUGCAAAUGGAAGCCCCAUCCGCUGCUACAAAACUCGGACCUGCAGAUUAUCCAUCCUGGGCCAUAAAUACAAAAGGCCCUUCGUCAUUGCAGAUGUCAAGUUUCCCUUACUAGAUGCCGAUUUCUUCACACAACAUGGACUGUUGGUAGAUGUCGGUCGAAAACGCCUGCUGGAUACUGGAACCUGCCGCUCCCGACCGCUCUCUGCCGUACCGGGAAUGCCCGUCAUAUGCUCCAUCUCAUUGAGCAAAUACAGCACCCUCCUGCACGGAUUCUCAGAUGUCUUCAAGCCAGAACUGCAUCAGGUGCCAGGUACCCAGGCCAAGCACGUCACCCAACACCACUUCUCCACCACAGGCCCGUCAACACAUGCCAAGUUCCACCACCUGCCACCCAAGAAACUUCAGGAUGGUAAACGAGCAUUUGCUGAGAUGGAAAGGAUGGGUAUCUGCAAAAAGGCAUUGAGUCCAUGGACUUCCCUCUCCACAUGGUGA